AUGAACGGCAAGGUAUGGUGGACUGUACAAGAGGUAGAGCAGCCUGGGUUGCCAAGGGGGGAAAGCACGUUUGAUUUAUGCAGUUCCAAAGAUAGUAUACUUGAAGUACUUGGACUAGUGGUACUCAAAGGAAGCCAUGUCAUCGAAGAAGGGACUGAAGACAAGGAGCUCUGGGUAAUACUUACCUCCCUUAAUGGAAUAGAGUGCUGGUCAGUGCACACUAUGUACGAUUGUUUAUCCGUUUAUCCGAAGCGAAUGACAGAAUGGAAGCGAAGCUCUCUCUCCAGGCCUGGCCCGAGGGGCUGA